GCCGGCCGAGGAAGUGACGUCACGAUCGUCCCGGCGACGCCCCCGCCCUGCCCCUCGCGCGCCAUGUGGACGCUCCCCGCCGGCCUCCUCUUCCUGCUCCUCCUGCUCCUGCUCCGCCGCCGCCUCCCUCCGCCCCUGCCGGCCGAGGGGAAGGCGGUGCUGAUCACAGGCUGCGACAAGGGCUUCGGCCAUGCCUUGGCCAGUCAUCUCCAUGCAAAAGGCUUCACUGUCUUUGCUGGCUGUUUGCUCCUGGACCAAGGAGGAGAUGGUGCCCAAGAACUGUGCCGCCUGGGCUCUGGGCGGAUGCACGUCCUCCAGCUGGAUGUGCGCUGCGAACAGCAGGUGGCCCGAGCCCUCCGAUACGUGGAGGUGCAGCUGGAGGACCCUGCCCGAGGUCUGUGGGGCUUGGUGAACAACGCUGGAAUCGCCUCCUUUGGAGACGUGGAAUUCACCAGCAUGGAGAAGUACCAGAGAGUGGCGGACAUCAACUUAUGGGGGACCCUGCGGGUGACAAAGGCUUUUCUGCCCCUGAUCCGCAGGGCCAGAGGUAGGGAAGAGGGUCCAGAGGGGUUGGGGGCCACCGGCCUGUGGGCACAGAGUUCCCCCUGCACCAGCCGGGUGUCCAGCAAGGCUCACCCGAUGCCCUGGCUGGCUCUGUUCUCGUGCAUUCAGACUGCCAACGCAGAGGGGUCAGCAGUUACGCAGAGCACGUGUGCAAGAGUUUGGCUCUCCUGCGUAACACUGGCAUACCAGCAAUGCCUUGUGCAAGAAGGGGGGAGGGAGGCGGCCAGAGGAAAGACCCGCAGGCACAGAGAGAGGAGGAAGCAGGAACGUGCAGCCUUCGCCAGUCCACCAGAGGAGGAGGCCAACCCUGUUCAGGUCUCCCAUUUUGGGAUAAUGAGAUCCAAAAAGUGAGUGAGACACUGAGCAAGCAGCCUCCUCUGGAAGUGGCAUGACUGUGUCCCAGUGGGAAAGGAGGUCUUCAAAGAGCAACACUGGUGGAGCCUCUGGAGAGUUCUGACCAAGGCCAGACCCUGAGCUGGGUGGCCUGAGUGGUUCUCUGCUCCCCUCCCUCCCUCCCGCUCUCUCCCACUGAUGUCUCUCUCUCUCACACACACAUAUCCCCAG